CCUCACGGCUGUCUACCCGGGAUGAGGUGGUGUGAGGUGCUGCUUGGUCUACUCCUGCUCCGGUUUGGCCUUCACGCUCUGCGGGGCCUGGUCCUUCCUGGGGCAGUGCGCGCUGCGGUGACGCGCGAGGUGUGUCAGCAGGCUUCAUAUGGCCGCUUCUUCUUGGGUCGUGGGGAUGACUACGGCAGGAGAUACAGCGCUUUCCCCGCCGGGCUGCGGAGAGAGAUGCGGGAGAUGGCGCGGGGCAUGUUUAGCUUCGGAUAUGACAACUACAUGCAGCACGCCUUCCCCGAGGAUGAGCUCAACCCCAUCCUGUGCCAGGGCCGCGGGCCAGACAGAGACCCUUCUGACAGGAACUUGACAUUUGGCCGCUCACCUUACUGGGUUUCCUGCACCUCAGUGUUUCUUCCGACAAGCCAGUCCCAUAACACUUGCACAGCUUCACAAACCCUGGCACCUAGGCUACCCCAUAGAGAUUUUUGUUGUCUUUCCUUUAUGGUGAUGGGGAAUGCAUCAGAGUUCCAGAGAGCCGUCCGUUUGGUGAUUGAUACAGUGUCUUUUGACAAGGAUUCCACUGUGCAGGUGUUUGAAGCAACUAUUCGAAUUCUUGGCAGUCUACUUUCAGCCCACAUCAUCCUCACAGACACCAAUCAACCCUUUGGCAAUAUGACCCUAAGUGAUUAUGAUAAUGAACUCUUACACAUGGCACAUGACCUUGCUGUCAGACUUCUUCCUGCCUUUGAGAAUACCAGGACGGGGAUGCCACAUCCGAGGGUAAACCUAAAGAGGGGUGUCCUUCCUGACAGUAGAAACGAGACUUGCACUGCUGGGGCUGGUUCUCUGCUAGUGGAGUUUGGGAUUCUCAGUCGGCUCUUGGGAGAUUCCACAUUUGAGUGGGUUGCUCGUCGUGCUGUAAGAGCACUGUGGAGCCUACGAAGCAAUGAUACAGGACUAUUCGGAAAUGUGGUGAAUAUACAAACUGGGCACUGGGUUGGGACCCUAAGUGGUCUGGGAGCUGGACUAGACUCUUUCUUUGAGUACUUGUUGAAAUCAUAUAUCCUGUUUGGAGAGGAAGAGGACCUGGACAUGUUCAAUGAAGCUUAUAAAAGCAUCCAGAAUCACCUUCGGAGAGGACGGGAAGCUUGUAAUGAAGGUGAGGGGGAUCCACCACUCUACGUGAACGUGAAUAUGUUCAGUGGGCAGUUGAUGAACACCUGGAUUGAUUCACUUCAGGCUUUCUUCCCUGGUUUGCAGGUCUUAAAAGGAGACAUUGAGGAUGCGAUCUGCCUGCAUGCUUUUUAUUAUGCAAUUUGGAAACGAUAUGGAGCUUUACCUGAGCGAUAUAACUGGCAACUCCAGGCUCCUGAUGUCUCAUUUUAUCCCCUCAGGCCUGAGUUAGUGGAAUCAACAUACUUGUUGUACCAGGCAACAAAAAACCCUUUCUACCUGCAUGUGGGAAUGGAUAUCCUGCUAAGUCUGGAGAAGCACACCAAGGCUAAAUGUGGCUAUGCAACUUUGCACCAUGUAGUGGACAAGUCACAAGAGGAUCGUAUGGAAAGUUUCUUCCUGAGUGAGACCUGUAAAUAUCUUUACUUGCUUUUUGAUGAGGAUAAUCCAGUGCACAUGGCUGGUCAUAAGUAUCUGUUCACUACAGAAGGGCAUUUGGUGCCCAUUGACCCUCGCCUGAGGGAUAAAUCAUGGCAGGACAUCUUCAUAACUGAGAAAAAGCCGCCUCGGAAUAAUGAGAAGCUCUCCCAGACCAAGCUAAAGACUGCCAAUUCCAGUUCUAAUUGUUACAGAGUUCCUGCGGAGCGCACAUUUUCCCUUCCACUGAAGAGUGUCUACAUGCGUCAGAUUGAUCAGAUGGUUGGUCUCCUAUAGCCAAUGAAGACUGGGGCUUGGCCUGUGCAGUUAUGGUUGUGUGAAAGGCAACAAAGUCUUCCAGUCAUGAAUUGAUAAUACAUCUUCUCUACUGGGAUUUUCUUGUAGAAUCAAAGUUUUCAUGUGCAGAGCUGUUUGUGUGACGGCAUUCUCUGACUGUAUGGGGGCGCCAUGGUUUCAUGAGCUCAGAUGUUGCCUCCGAAAAUAUUUUGCACGAAUCACUGACUUUAAAAAUUUCUCAGGGACUGUGUGCAAGUUUACACACCAAAUUGUCUUCCAGUUCUUCAUCCCAAGGGACCAGUAAGACGUCGGUAGGGUGAUGCAACUUUGUUAUUUAAUGCCUCAUAUGCUGCAAGGACCUGGACCUCUGAGCUGUCACCUUGACACAUUGUGAACAUUUGGUUAUUGCCACAAUGUGUUUUUAUUUUAUUGCCAAGUUCUAAUUUAAUAUUCAUUUCAGAGAGAGAAAGUGAUGUUGCUUUGAGGUCCAAUUGAAAUGUUGCCAAAUGCCUUUAUAGUGCCUCAGCCAGUCUUGCCAGUAUUUUAUCUCAACACUGUCCCUGUCUGAAGUUCCCAUCACUAAGGACCAGCUGUUCUCCAGUGGCCAUCCUAUUUCUUCCCACAUGAACCUUCAGCCACACGUUAUCUGUGCACUGUUUGGCCUUUUUCCCCCUAUGAUACGGAUUAAAUUGUCCUGGGAUUUGCAGCUGCACCUUCUUUUAUUGAAUAUUAGUGCCUUAAAAUUACUUUCUUUCAUGUAAUUAGCAAGAGUCCAUGAGCUAGUGACGUAUGGGAUAUACAUUCCUACCAGGAGGGGCAAAGUUUCCCAAACCUCAAAAUGCCUAUAAAUACACCCCUCACCACACCCACAAAUCAGUUUUACAAACUUUGCCUCCCAUGGAGGUGGUGAAGUAAGUUUGUGCUAGAUUCUUCGUUGAUAUGCGUUUCGCAGCAGGCUGGAGCCCGGUUUUCCUCUCAGUGUGCAGUGAAUGUCAGCGGGAUGUGAAGAGAGUAUUGCCUAUUUGAAUUCAAUGAUCUCCUUCUACGGGGUCUAUUUCAUAGGUUCUCUGUUAUCGGUCGUAGAGAUUCAUCUCUUACCUCCCUUUUCAGAUCGACGAUAUACUCUUAUAUAUACCAUUACCUCUGCUGAUUCUCGUUUCAGUACUGGUUUGGCUUUCUACUACAUGUAGAUGAGUGUCCUGGGGUAAGUAAGUCUUAUUUUUGUGACACUCUAAGCCAGAGCUUUCCAAACUUUUCAUGUUGGUGACACACUUUUUAGAACUACAUCAUUUCCCGACACAGUAAUUCAGUUGUACUAGCAAAAAGGAGGUUAAACUAACUUGUUUUAAGAGAUACGGACACAUACAUGAAUUAUAUAUUAAUGAAAUGUAUUUACAAGUAACAGUAAGUAUGUGCAAGAAUUAAAAAAAAGUUUAACACCAAUAGCUACUUGAUAUUUUAAUGGGAUGUAUGAGUUUGAUGGGAUGAAAACAAUUUCUGAAUAUUUGGUGGAAUAUUAGAUAAAGACACUCGCAUUUCAUCAUCAAGCAUUUCUUAAGCUUCCACUUCCUAUCCAUAUAUCAAGAGCAGGAGCAGCAAUGCACUACUGGGAGCUAGCUGCAAAAAAACCCCCACUGACUUCAGCUCAGCAUUUAAGCUGUAGCCCUCAGAGCUCGGUGAGUCUGAUUGACUACUGCCCGCGCUGCAAACACACUGCUCUCCCACUCCCUGACUACACAUGCAGUCACGAGCCAAUUAAGGAGACUACACGUGCAAUCAGGAGCCAAUGUGCCGCCAAUGGGAAUAGUUUCAGUUUCCACUGAGCUGAGCCAAUAGGUUAAGAUGAUCUGUGUCCCCUAGGUAUCAAUCACGUGUCAAUGUGAUAUGCGUAGCAGGCAGGUGGAAAGUCAGAAACCAAAAAAAAAUUAAAAAAAAUUUGUGCUGAAGCAGGGACACACCUACACACUGCUGCUGACACACUAGUGUGUCCCGACACACAGUUUGGAAAGCACUGCUCUAAGCUAUGGUUGGGCACUUUUAUAUAAAGUUCUAAAUAUAUGUGUUUAAACAUUUAUUUGCCUUGAUUCAGGAUGUUCAACAUUCCUUAUUUCAGACAGUCAGUUUCAUUAUUUGGGAUAAUGCAUAUGAAUAAUCAAUUUUUUCUUACCUUAAAAUUUGACUUUUUCCUGUGGGCUGUUAGGCUCGCGGGGGCUGAAAAUGCUUCUUUUUAUUGCGUCAUUUUUGGCGCUGACUUUUUUGGCGCAAAAAUUUUUUCUUUGUCAUUUCCGGCGUCAUACUUGUCGCCGGAAGUUGCGUAAUUUUUUUGACGUUUUUGCGCCAAAAAUAUCGGCGUCACCGGAUGUGGCGUCAUUUUUGGCGCUUAAAGUAUUUAGGCGCCAAACAAUGUGGGCGUCUUUUUUGGCGCUAAAAAAUAUGGGCGUCAUUAUUGUCUCCACAUUAUUUAAGUCUCAUUGCUUAUUUGCUUCUGGUUGCUAGAAGCUUGUUCAUUGGCAUUUUUUCCCAUUCCUGAAACUGUCAUUUAAGGAAUUUGAUCAAUUUUGCUUUAUAUGUUGUUUUUUCUAUUACAUAUUGCAAGAUGUCUCAGAUUGACCUUGAAUCAGAAGAUACUUCUGGAAAAUUGCUGCCUGAUGCUGGAUCUACCAAAGUUAAGUGUAUUUGUUGUAAACUUGUGGUAACUGUUCCUCCGGCUGUUGUUUGUAAUGAAUGUCAUGACAAACUUAUUAAUGCAGAUAAUAUUUCCUUUAGUAAUGUUCCAUUACCUGUUGCUGUUCCAUCAACAUCUAAUAUUCAGGGUGUUCCUGUUAACAUAAGAGAUUUUGUUUCUAAAUCUAUUAAGAAGGCUAUGUCUGUUAUUCCUCCUUCUAGUAAACGUAAAAGGUCUUUUAAAACUUCUCAUUUUUCAGAUGAAUUUUUAAAUGAACAUCAUCAUUCUGAUUCUGUUUCUGAUAAUGAUUUUUCUGGUUCAGAGGAUUCUGUUUCAGAGGUUGAUACUGAUAAAUCUUCAUAUUUAUUCAAAAUGGAAUUUAUUCGUUCUUUACUUAAAGAAGUCUUAAUUGCAUUAGAAAUAGAGGAAUCUGGUCCUCUUGAUACUAAAUCUAAACGUUUGAAUACGGUUUUUAAAUCUCCUGUAGUUAUUCCGGAGGUUUUUCCCGUCCCUGAUGCUAUUUCUGAAGUAAUUUCCAGGGAAUGGGAUAAUUCAUUUACUCCUUCUAAACGGUUUAAGCAAUUAUAUCCUGUAUCAUCUGACAGAUUAGAGUUUUGGGACAAAAUCCCUAAGGUUGAUGGGGCUAUCUCUACUCUUGCUAAACGUACUACUAUUCCUACGGCAGAUAGUACUUCCUUUAAGGAUCCUUUAGAUGGGAAAAUUGAAUCCUUUCUAAGAAAAGCUUACUUAUGUUCAGGUAAUCUUCUUAGACCUCCUAUAUCUUUGGCGGAUGUUGCUGCAGCUUCAACUUUCUUGUUGGAAGCUUUAGCACAACAAGUAACAGAUCAUAAUACUCAUAGCAUUGUUAAUCUUCUUCAACAUGCUAAUAACUUUAUUUGUGAUGCCAUCUUUGAUAUCAUUAGGGUUGAUGUCAGGUAUAUGUCUUUAGCUAUUUUAGCUAGAAGAGCUUUAUGGCUUAAAACUUGGAAUGCUGAUAUGUCUUCUAAGUCAACUUUGCUUUCCCUUUCUUUCCAGGGUAAUAAAUUGUUUGGUUCACAGUUGGAUUCUAUUAUUUCAACUGUUACUAGGGGGAAAGGAACUUUUUUACCACAGGAUAAAAAAUCUAAAGGUAAAUUUAGGUCUGCUAAUCGUUUUCGUUCCUUUCGUCACAAUAAGGAACAAAAACCUGAUCCUUCCCCUACAGGAGCGGUAUCAGUUUGGAAACCAUCUCCAGUCUGGAAUAAAUCCAAGCCUUUUAGAAAGCCAAAGUCAGCUCCCAAGUCCACAUGAAGGUGCGGCCCUCAUUCCAGCCCAGCUGGUAGGGGGCAGAUUACGAUUUUUCAAAGAAAUUUGGAUCAAUUCGAUUCACAAUCUUUGGGUUCAGAAUAUUUUUUCACAAGGGUACAGAAUAGGCUUCAAGAUAAGGCCUCCUGCAAGAAGAUUUUUUCUUUCCCGUGUCCCAAUAAAUCCAGUGAAGGCUCAAGCAUUUCUGAAAUGUGUUUCAGAUCUAGAGUUGGCUGGAGUAAUUGUGCCAGUUCCAGCUUUGGAACAGGGGCUGGGAUUUUACUCAAAUCUCUUCAUUGUAUCAAAGAAGGAGAAUUCCUUCAGACCAGUUCUGGAUUUAAAAAUAUUGAAUCGUUAUGUAAGGAUACCAACAUUCAAAAUGGUAACUAUAAGGACUGUUCUGCCUUUUGUUCAGCAAGGGCAUUAUAUGUCCACAAUAGAUUUACAAGAUGCAUAUCUGCAUAUUCCGAUUCAUCCAGAUCACUAUCAGUUUCUGAGAUUCUCUUUUCUAGACAAGCAUUACCAGUUUGUGGCUCUGCCGUUUGGCCUAGCAACAGCUCCAAGAAUUUUUACAAAGGUUCUCGGUGCCCUUCUAUCAGAGAACAGGGUAUUGUGGUAUUUCCUUAUUUGGACGAUAUCUUGGUACUUGCUCAGUCUUCACAUUUAGCAGAAUCUCAUACGAAUCGACUUGUAUUGUUUCUUCGAGAACAUGGUUGGAGGAUCAAUUUAACAAAGAGUUUGUUGAUUCCUCAGACAUGGGUAACCUUUUUAGGUUUCCAGAUAGAUUCAGUGUCCAUGACUCUGUCGCUGACGGACAAGAGACGUCUGAAAUUGGUUUCAGCUUGUCCAAACCUUCAGUCUCAAUCAUUCCCUUCGGUAGCCUUAUGCAUGGAAAUUCUAGGUCUUAUGACUGCUGCAUUGGACGCGAUCCCCUUUGCUCGUUUUCACAUGCGACUUCUUCAGCUCUGUAUGCUGAACCAGUGGUGCAGGGAUUAUACAAAGAUAUCACAAUUAAUAUCUUUAAAACCGAUUGUACGACACUCUCUGACGUGGUGGACAGACCACCAUCGUUUAGUUCAGGGGGCUUCUUUUGUUCUUCCGACCUGGUUUGUGAUCUCAACAGAUGCAAGUCUGACAGGUUGGGGAGCUGUAUGGGGGUCUCUGACAGCACAAGGGGUUUGGGGAUCUCAGGAGGCGAGAUUACCAAUCAACAUUUUGGAACUCCGUGCGAUUGUCAGAGCUCUUCAGUCGUGGCCUCUUCUAAAGAGAGAGUUGUUCAUUUGUUUUCAGACGGACAAUGUCACAACCGUGGCAUAUGUCAAUCAUCAAGGAGGGACUCACAGUCCUCUGGCUAUGAAAGAAGUAUCUCGAAUACUUGUAUGGGCGGAAUCCAGCUCCUGUCUAAUUUCUGCGGUUCAUAUCCCAGGUAUAGACAAUUGGGAAGCGGAUUAUCUCAGUCGCCAAACAUUACAUCCGGGCGAACGGUCUCUUCACCCAGAGGUAUUUCGUCAGAUUGUUCAAAUGUGGGGACUUCUAGAAAUAGAUCUGAUGGCUUCUCAUCUAAACAAGAAGCUUCCCAGGUAUCUGUCCAGAUCCAGGGAUCCUCAGACGGAAGCAGUGGAUGCAUUGUCACUUCCUUGGAAGUAUCAUCCUGCCUAUAUCUUUCCGCCUCUAGUUCUUCUUCCAAGAGUGAUUUCCAAGAUUCUAAAGGAGCAUUCGUUUGUUCUGCUGGUGGCUCCAGCAUGGCCUCACAGGUUUUGGUAUGCGGAUCUUUUCCGGAUGGCUACUUUCCAACCGUGGACUCUUCCGUUAAGACCAAACCUUCUUUCGCAAGGUCCUUUUUUCCAUCAGGAUCUCAAAUCCUUAAAUUUGAAGGUAUGGAGAUUCAACGGUUGAUUCUCAGUCAUAGAGGUUUCUCUGACUCCGUAAUUAAUACUAUGUUACAGGCUCGUAAAUCUGUAUCUAGGAAGAUAUAUUAUCGAGUCUGGAAGGCUUACAUUUCUUGGUGUUCUUCUCAUCAUUUUUCUUGGCAUUCUUUUAGAAUUCCUAGAAUUUUACAGUUUCUUCAGGAUGGUUUGGAUAAAGGUUUGUCUGCAAGUUCCUUGAAAGGACAAAUCUCUGCUCUUUGUUCUUUUUCACAGAAAGAUUGCUAAUCUUCCUGAUAUUCAUUGUUUUGUACAGGCUUUGGUUUGUAUAAAACCUGUCAUUAAGUCAAUUUCUCCUCCUUGGAGUUUGAAUUUGGUUCUGGGGGCUCUUCAAGCUCCUCCGUUUGAACCUAUGCAUUCGCUGGAUAUUAAAUUACUUUCUUGGAAAGUUUGGUUUCUUUUGGCCAUCUCUUCUGAUAGAAGAGUUUCUGAAUUAUCUGCUCUUUCUUGUGAGUCUCCUUUUCUGAUUUUUUUCAUCAGGAUAAGGCGGUGUUGCGAACUUCAUUUAAAUUUUUACCUAAGGUUGUGAAUUCUAACAACAUUAGUAGAGAAAUUGUGGUUCCUUCAUUGUGUCCUAAUCCUAAGAACUCUAAGGAAAGAUCGUUGCAUUCUUUGGAUGUAGUUAGAGCUUUGACAUAUUAUGUUGAAGCUACUAAAGAUUUCCGAAAGACUUCUAGUCUAUUUGUUAUCUUUUCUGGUUCUAGGAAAGGUCAGAAGGCUUCUGCCAUUUCUUUGGCAUCUUGGUUAAAGUCUUUGAUUCAUCAUGCUUAUGUUGAGUCAGGUAGAACUCUGCCUCAAAGGAUUACAGCUCAUUCGACUAGGUCAGUCUCUACUUUCUGGGCAUUUAGGAAUGAAGCUUCGGUUGAUCAGAUUUGCAAAGCAGCAACUUGGUCUUCUUUGCAUACUUUUACUAAAUUCUACCAUUUUGAUGUGUUUUCUUCUUCUGAAGCAGUCUUUGGUAGAAAAGUACUUCAGGCAGCUGUUUCAGUUUGAUUCUUCUGCUUAUAAUUUCAGGUUUUUUUUCAUCAUAUGAUUUAAACUUUGUUUUGGGGUGUGGAUUAUUUUUCAGCGGAAUUAGCUGUUUUUAUGUUAUCCCUCCCUCUCUAGUGACUCUUGCGUGGAAGUUCCACAUCUUGGGUAUUCAUUAUCCCAUACGUCACUAGCUCAUGGACUCUUGCUAAUUACAUGAAAGAAAACAUAAUUUAUGUAAGAACUUACCUGAUAAAUUCAUUUCUUUCAUAUUAGCAAGAGUCCAUGAGGCCCACCCUUUUUUUGAGGUGGUUAUGAUUUUUUUGUAUAAAGCACAAUUAUUCCAAUUCCUUAUUUUUUAUGCUUUCACACUUUUUUUUCUUAUCACCCCACUUCUUGGCUAUUCGUUAAACUGAUUUGUGGGUGUGGUGAGGGGUGCAUUUAUAGGCAUUUUGAGGUUUGGGAAACUUUGCCCCUCCUGGUAGGAAUGUAUAUCCCAUACGUCACUAGCUCAUGGACUCUUGCUAAUAUGAAAGAAAUGAAUUUAUCAGGUAAGUUCUUACAUAAAUUAUGUUUUUCUCCAAAUUGUGUAAUGAAGGUUAUUUUUGUGUUCACAAACCACCUGUUUUGGAAUAAUUUUGUUUGCAUCUGGUUUCUGAUUUUUAUUAUUUUUUUUUAUUCCAAAUCAGGGCAUUUUUUUUUUAUUUAUAGAAAUGAACUCACAAAUUUAAAGAUGUAAGGAACAAUAUGUGAAUGAAGUUUUUUUAUGAUUAAUUACGAAUUCACAAUAUUUUUUACCUUUUUUAUAUACCUUUUUGUUUUGAAGCGGAUCGGUAUUGUGAACAUGUAUGCAUCUGAGCAGCGUAACUGCGUAUUCCUGUCGCAGCUCUCAAGUGUUAUAAUUCUUAAGUAUGCAGGAAUUAUUUUUGCAUUGUAUAUUAUUCAAAGUUUUAUUUUUAAUAUAAAACCAAAUUUAUUAAAUACUUUUUUUUGACUGUA